GGCACCCCAGUACUUCACCAACAGCCGAGCCCGCAGCGGUGUCACCCUGCGGCCACUGCCCGCCUUGCCUCGCCGCAUCUCCUGCUCCGCGGCCACCGGCAGUGGGGGACACACCGGGUGACACCUGAAGGCUCAGCAGGCCCCCCCGGAGGAUGAGGAGCCGCCCGGUGCUGGCGGCGCUGCUCGUCCUGGCGCUGCCGCUCGCCCUCGCCCGCCGCCCCCCCGCCCCGCCGGGGCCGGCCGCUCCCGCACAGGGGAUGCCCGUCCCGGAGCCGCUGCCCUGGAGAUUCCCCGGGGCCGCCCACGCCGCCCUCCUGCAGCUGCUGCGGGGGGAGAACGCCGGUCCCUCCGCGCCCGCGGCUCUGCAGAAGCGAGACAUGCACGAUUUCUUCGUGGGGCUCAUGGGGAAGAGGGCGGCGGAGCCCGGGCGGCCGGCGGGGCGGGGCAGCGGCGGCCCGUCCCCGCGGUGCUCGCCGGGUCCCCCCGCGGCCGGCGGGGCGCCGCUGCGGGCGGUGUGAGCGGGCUCGGUCCGUGCCCCGUCCGUCCCCCGGGACGAGGCACCGGCACCGGGAACUGCGCUGCCCACGGAGCGCGGAGCCGUCGUGGGACCCGCCGGGGCUGGAGCCGCAGCACCGCGCUCGCAGCUGUACCGGGCCGGUGUCUGCACCCACACCGGGAGCUGUGCCUGUCCGUACACCGGGUGCAUCCACCCGGCCCCGUGUACACCCCCCGGUUCUGUACAUCUACACCUCUAUACACCCACCCGGGACACCG